AGAAUUCACACUGGAGAGAAACCCUAUGUAUGUAAGCAAUGUGGGAAAACAUUUACCAAACAUAGACAUUGUAAAGAGCAUGAAAGAAUUCACACUGGAGAGAAACCCUACAUAUGUAAGCAAUGUGGGAAAGCUUUUACCCAUCGUGGAAAUUGUAAGAAACAUGAAAGAAUUCACACAGGAGAGAAACCCUAUGUAUGUAAACAAUGUGGGAAAGCUUUUACCACACGUGCAUAUUGUAAGAUACAUGAAAGAAUUCACACUGGAGAGAAACCCUAUGUAUGUAGGCAAUGUGGGAAAGCUUUUAACACGCAUGCAUAUUGUAAAUAUCAUGAAAGAGUUCACACUGGAGAGAAACCCUAUGUAUGUAAGCAAUGUGGGAAAGCUUUUACCAGACGUGAAUAUUGUAAGAUACAUGAAAGAAUUCACACAGGAGAGAAACCCUAUGUAUGUGAGCAAUGUGGAAAAGGUUUCAGCCAACCUGGAAGUUGUAAGGAACAUGAAAGAAUUCACACUGGAGAGAAACCCUAUGUAUGUAAGCAAUGUGGGAAAGCAUUUACCAAACAUGGACAUUGUAAGGAACAUGAAAGAAUUCACAUUGGAGAGAAACCCUAUACAUGUAAGCAAUGUGGGAAAGCUUUUACCACACGUGUAUAUUGUAAGAAACAUGAAGGAAUUCACACGAGAGAAACCUUAUGUAAGUAA